AUGACACUGGGAGGGACCAGGCAUAAGACCGCAACGUCGUACAUGUCAACAUCUCUACUGGCCAAAUUAUGGAUUUAACAGAGGACGUCAUAUCGGAGCUUUGCGUGAAUGUUUUGUACUCCAUUAUGAAAAGCGCGCCGUUCUCUUAAAUCUUAAAUCUGUUUAAUGUCAGAAAUGGCGAAAACGGGAACGAAUUGCAACAUUUUGUUGGCCAUCGCGGUCCUACUUGGGAGUAUUGUGAAUGCACAGGUGUCAACUAAUGAAAUUUCGGGUUUCAGCCUAAGUCCUCCAUAUUUUAACUUGGCAUCAGCGUCACGGAUCUCGGCCACCGCUACCUGUGGAGAGGACGAAUUAGGAAGACCUAGAUCGGACCUUUACUGCAAGCUUGUCGGUGGUCCAACUGCUGGGCUUCCUAGUCAAACUAUACAGGGUCAGUUCUGCGACCGCUGUAACUCCAAUGAUCCCAACAAGGCCCAUCCAGUUACAAAUGCUAUUGAUGGAACUGAGAACUGGUGGCAGAGUCCGCCUCUCUCACGUGGACUGGAAUACAACGAAGUAAACGUCACCUUGGACUUGGGACAGCUUUUCCACGUGGCCUAUGUCCUCAUCAAGUUUGCCAACUCACCACGCCCUGACCUCUGGGUCCUGGAGCACUCUGUGGACCACGGGAGGACUUUCACGCCCUGGCAGUACUUUGCACAUUCAAAACGGGAAUGUAUUGAAAGGUUUGGGAAGCAGCCCAACGUGCAAAUCAUUGGAGACGACGAGCAGAUCUGCUCCACUGAAUACUCACGCACUGUGCCUUUGGAGAACGGGGAAAUUGUGGUGUCGCUGGUCAAUGGCCGGCCGGGGUCGAGAAACUGGUCCUACUCUCCAGUGCUUCGGGAUUUCACCAAGGCCACCAACAUUCGCCUGCGAUUCAUGCGGACCAACACCCUGCUGGGCCACCUCAUCUCCAAGGCCCAGCGAGACCCCUCCGUCAAUCGCAGGUAUUAUUACAGCAUCAAAGACAUCAGCGUGGGCGGGCGGUGUGUGUGCCACGGUCAUGCCCAGGAGUGCGGUGGCCGCUUCCCCAGCGGCCCGGAGCGGCUGCAUUGUGAUUGUAAGCACAACACCUGUGGAGAGUCAUGUGACCGCUGUUGCCCGGGAUACAACCAGAAGCCAUGGAGACCAGCCACGGCGGACAGUGCCAACGAAUGCCAGCCCUGCCAGUGCCAUUCACAUGCCACUGAAUGUUAUUACGACCCAGAAGUGGAGCGCGGGACAGCCAGCUUGGACAUCUACGGUCGCUACGACGGUGGAGGAGUAUGCCUCAACUGCCAGCACAACACGGCAGGGGUGAACUGCGAACUUUGCAUAGAGGGAUAUUACAGGCCGUAUGGAGUGCCAAGGGAAUCCCCCACAGGAUGCAUAUCUUGUAGGUGCAAUCCCCAAACCACACAGGGCUGUGAGAUGGACUCUGGACGCUGCCAGUGCCGACCGGAGUUCAGCGGAGACCACUGCGAUCAUUGUGCACAUGGUUACUAUGGUUACCCUCGAUGCAUCAGGUAUCCACUCUACCCAACCACCACCAAGUCUCCGUCUGGCAAUAUUAAGGAAUGUCUGUGUGAGCGCCAGGGUACUGUGCCAGAAGUGUGCACUGCAUCAGGACGUUGUUUGUGCCGUCAAGGGAUAGUUGGAGAGAGGUGCGAUGGCUGUCAUGAAGGAUACCACUCCUUCCCCUACUGCCAGGAGUGCCGCUGUGAUGGCCAUGGGGUGGCUGAUAGGUCAUGUGGGCCCAGAGGCGAGUGCAGAUGCCAGCCAAACUUUGCAGGCCAACAGUGUGAACAAUGUGCCACAGGGUACUAUGGGUACCCAUACUGCUCCCCAUGCCAGUGUUACCCAGAAGGUUCUCGGGGGGAUGUGUGUGACCCCGCGUCUGGGCAGUGUGUGUGUCAACCUGGGGUGUCGGGGCAGCGUUGUGACCGCUGCACCAACCCAGGACUCCAAUUCCCAUACUGCACUGGAUCCACUCCAGCUCCCAGCAGCCAGUGCAACCAGGCAGGGUCAGAGGUUGGCAUCAAGGACCCUCAGGGGCAGGCGUCCUGUGUAUGCCUACGCUAUGUGGAGGGCCCUCGAUGUGACCGGUGUAAGCCACUCUACUGGAACCUGGCCCGUGACCACCCCAGCGGCUGCAUAGAGUGCACAUGUGACGAUAAGGGCACGCUGAGCGGAGUGGAGGAGUGCCAGCAGGAAACCGGUGGAUGCUACUGCAAGCCCAAUACCUGCAGCCACUCCUGCCACAUAUGCAAGGAGUCCCACUUCCUGCUCCAGAGGAAGAACUAUUUUGGUUGCCAAGGCUGCCAGUGUGAUGUGGGCGGGGCCGUGGGGACUGGAUGCGAUGACCAGACGGGCCAAUGCCAGUGCCGGAAGAACAUCAGAGGCCGCACCUGCAAUGAACCCGAGCCAAACUUCUACUUCCCCAGCCUCCAUCACCUGAAGAUUGAGGUGGAGAACGGGAUCACCCCCCAUGCAAGGCCCGUCCGCUUCGGCUACGACCCCCAGGUGUUCCCACAGUUCAGCUGGAGAGGUUACGCCAUCAUGUCACCUGCCCAGCCCGAGGUUGUCCUCUAUCUCGCUGUGGGCUCACCGGGUCCCUACCAAAUAGUAAUGCGCUAUACCACUCCCACGCCCCAGGGGGCAGUGCGAGGGAAGAUUUUGUUGGCGAACCAGUCUGGCUUUCACUCUUGCUGUGACUGUAAGUGGUGUGUUUGCCAUCGCCCCGUUUGUCGGCACUUUUUGCAGUUAAAGAACCUGAUGAGUGGUCAGCGUUAUCUGAAGGCCCAGAGGCCUGGGCAGAGGCGGACCCAAAUCAGUCUUUACGAGCAGAAAGUGACUUCCCUGUUUGCCCCGUCUAACCUGUCCUCUGUUCCUCUUGCUUGUGGCUUGUCCAUUCUCCACCCCAAAAUGCAUGGCCUGCUGGACACGUUGUCCGUUGUGUGUUUGCGGUUUGCGGAGGCGUACAGAUUUGAGGUCAGUGUGAGUGUGCAUGUGGAUGAGGCCCGCCGCUCCACCUUCCGCCUGCUGCUGCGCUACGCUAACCCCAGCGGAGAGACUGUGACCGGCCGCGUCACAGCCUCCCGGUCCCGCGGAGGGUCAGGGGAGGGCAGAGAGGUGGUGUUCCCGCCCAGCCGCUCUCCGGCUCUCCUCACGGCGCCCGGCGACGGCUUCGCACAGCCCUUCACCCUGAGCCCCGGGAAGUGGAACCUCCACAUCCGUGCUGAGGGUGUUCUACUGGACUACCUGGUGCUGGUGCCCAGUGAUUACUAUGAGGCGCCCAUCCUGCAGGAGAGGCUCACGGAGCCCUGCUCCUAUACCAGAGUGGAACGGGAUAAGAGCUGUCUGCUCUACAAACACGUGCCGAUGGAGCAUUUCCCGUCUGCGCUGGGCUCUGAGGGGCUGCUGUCGGUGCGCGGGCGGCGAAGGAGACAGACGAAGACCCGGCGGCCCACCGCAGACCACCCAGAGAUGGCCUCCAUCAGCGGCAGACAGGCAAAGCUGCAGCUGAUGCUGCACGUUCCCCAGCCUGGCCUGUAUGCUGUGGUGCUGGAGUACACCAGUGAAGUGGACACGGUGCAGAAUGUCAACCUGCACAUCAGGGGCCACUCACCAGAGGAGGUCCAUGCCAGGGCCAACAUCUACAGCUGCCCCUACAGCUUCCUGUGCAGGAGCGUGGCUGUGGACCGCCUGAACCGCGUGGCCAAACUGCAGAUGUCCCACAGAGUUGAGAUUCUGCUCCAGACCUCCACCGCCUCAUUCCUCCUGAAUAAAGUUUAUGUGGUGCCCGCUGAGGAGUUCUCCAUGGAGUAUGUGGACCCCAAGGUGCUCUGUGUGUCUGUGCACGAACGCUUCACUGAGAACAGUCGGACAUGCGUCCAGAGCCUGUUCCCCAGCGUCUCCUCCGCAGUGCUGCUGGACCCCACUGACCGGCCCUCUGGGCUCUUCCCUCCCUCAGUCCCCCGGGGCGGAGGCGUGCUUCUCAAAUCUCCACAGACGGCGGUGACUGUCAGUGGCCAGGUGCCCGACCCGGGCAGGUAUGUGAUUGUGGUCCACACACGCCAGUCAGAACACACAGCCUUCCCUGUGGAGGUCCGUAUAGAGGCCGGGAGGACGUGGACAGGCUGGCUGAACGCCUCCUUCUGCCCGGCGGUGUCUGGCUGCAGGAGCGUCUUCAUCAGCGAGCGCCGCAUCGCCCUGGACCUGCCCCAGAGAGAGCUCGCCGUCACCCUGACGAUCCCACCGGGGAAGACGCUCACCCUGGAUUAUAUCUUGGCCAUCCCCGAUGAUCGUUACACGCCAGAUCUCCUGAAAGAGAAGCCGCUGGAUCAGUCGUCAGAUUUCAUCGCACAGUGCGGAGGAGAGAGCUUCCAAAUAGAUCCCAGCAGUUCCUCUGAGUUCUGCCGAGCCUCAGCUCGCUCUCUGGUGGCCCUGUACCAUGACGGGGCCCUGCCCUGCUCCUGCGAUAUGGCCGGCUCCACGGGCCCCACCUGCGACCCCGUGGGGGGCCAGUGCCCCUGCAGGCCCCACGUCAUCGGCAGGCAGUGCACCCGCUGCUCCACCGGACACUACGGCUUCCCCUACUGCAGGCCGUGUGAGUGCGGUCGGCGGCUGUGCGACGAGGUGACGGGCGAGUGCAUCUGCCCCCCUCAGACGGUGCGCCCGGCGUGCAGCGUGUGCGAGAGCCAGACGUUCAGCUACCACCCGCUGGUGGGCUGCGACGACUGCGACUGCUCCCCCACUGGCAUCGUGAGCAGCGCCGGCGGCCAGUGUGACCAUCACACGGGACAGUGCACGUGUAAGCCUAGGAUAGGCGGUCGUCAGUGUGAACGCUGCUCUACUGGCUACUUCCGUUUCCCUGAGUGUGUGCCGUGUGACUGUGAGGCUGGGGGUGUACGGCCGGAGGUGUGUGACCCCAACACUGGCCAGUGCCUCUGCAAGAGGAAUGUGGAGGGUGUGCGCUGUGAUGCCUGUCGAAGAGGCUCGUUCCACUUUGAUCCAGGCAAUCCCACGGGCUGCACAGAGUGUUUCUGCUUCGAAGCCACAGAUCAGUGCCGCAGCUCCAGCAAGCGCAGAGGAAAGUUUGUGGACAUGCAUAACUGGCGUGUGGAGAAGGCCAACCUGGAGGAAGUGCCCUCUGUGCUCAACCCCAUGAGCAACAUGGUGGUGGCGGACGUGCAGGAGCUGCCGAGGAGCGCCCAGGACCUCCACUGGGUGGCACCACCGUCUUACCUGGGCGACAGGGUGUCCUCUUAUGGUGGUUACCUCACCUACCAGACCAAAUCCUUCGGCAUCCCCAGUGAGGGCAUGGUUCUUCUGGACAAGCGACCAGACGUGCUUCUCAGUGGUGACCAGAUGACACUGGUGUACUUAGACCCACAAUCCCCUGAUCCAGACAGACUGUACCAGGGCAGAGUCCAGCUAGUAGAGGGUAACCUGCGUCACGCCGGCACCCGACGGCCGGUGUCGCGGGAGGAACUGCUGCGGGUGCUGGCUGCACUGGAGGACCUGCGUGUGCGUGCCAUGCACUUCACCCAGAGCCAGAGACUCAGUCUGGGGGAGGUGGGCCUGGAGGAGGCCAGCAGCACAGGCCGGGGGGGGCCAGCCAGCACCGUGGAGGUGUGCUCCUGCCCCCCCGCCUACAGCAGAGACUCCUGCCAGAAAUGUGCCCGUGGUUUCUAUAGAGACAGGAGUGGGCAGCUCCCAGGCAGGUGUGUACCCUGCUCUUGUAACGGCCUGUCGGACAGUUGUGAAGAGGGAACUGGAAGAUGCCUGAAUUGCCAACACAAUACUGCUGGGGACCACUGUGACCGCUGUCAGGAGGGUUACUAUGGCAACGCAGAGCGCAGAACUUGUCGGUCAUGCCCCUGCCCACACGAGUCCAACAAUUUUGCUGUUGACUGCAGUCAAGUCUCUAGUGGAAGAUUCCAGUGUACCUGCAAACCAGGUUACACAGGCGAAAGAUGUGAGAGCUGUGCUCCAGGUUACUACGGCAAUCCCCUGGCUUAUGGAAGCAGCUGUCGUCCUUGCAACUGUGACGGAAACCCUGGAAACUGUGACUCCAAGACUGGAGUUUGCAAGAACACCUUGGACCCCAAAGACACCAACACAGAUGAACAGUGUUCAGAGUGUGACAACUGUGCGCAGACAUUACUAAACGAUCUGGAGAGGCUGGAUGAUGAGCUGGUGCGGAUCAAGUCUCAGCUGGAGAAGGCCAAUGCCAGUACCUCCUCUCAGGAGCGCCUGAAGAAGCUGGAAGAAGCCAUCACUGCUGCCAAGGUGGUGGUGAACACCUUCACCUCCACUGUAAACCGUCAGACGAUGAAAGUGACUGAACUGGAGAAGGACACCCAGACCCUGAAAGAUGACAUCAACCAGCUGAAGAAGCAGGCUGAAAAGAAGGAACAAGAAGCUGACAAGGCCUUGGAUGAUGUCGAGGACACUCACCAGAGAGCUAAGAACCUGAACACCCAAGCCCAAACCAUGUUCAAGAAGAUUCAGGAUCUGCUGAAGCAGCUGCAGGAUGCAAGCUCUAACGGAGACUCAGUGGCUCCAGAUCAGCUGGACAAGUUGCAGGAGGAGGCCGAGCGUCUGGUGCAAGAGAUGAAGGAACGCAACCUGACGGAUCAGAAAGAUGCAGCGGAGAAGGAGAGAGAGCAGGCCCGCAAACUUUUGGACUACAUCAAGAACAAUGUGACAAAGCAAUGCGAUCGGAACCAGGAUGCAGCGAAGAGGAUUGAGGGGCUCCUGAAAGACUACGAGGCGAAGCUCAAAGACCUGGAGGAGGCCCUCAAACAGGCUAAAGACUUGGUGGCGAAGGCCAACAACCAGAACAGUCUCAACUCCGAGGCUAUGGAAGAUCUUCUGAACCGCAUUGAGGACUUGGAGAAAGAGAGGGAUGAGGUUGCUGACCAGAUGGCCAUGGCCAAGGAGCAAUUGAAGGACACAAGAGACCUGCUGACAACCCUGGAUGACAGCAAAAAGGAGUACGAGAGACUGGCUGCUCAGCUCGACGGGGCCAAGACCGACCUGACCAAAAGAGUCAACGAGAUCUCCCAGGCGGCAGCCAAAGAGGCCCUUGUGAAGAGGGCAGAGGAGCACGCCCAGCUACUGAGUGAUCUCGCUAAACAGAUGGAGAAGGCAGUGAACGACUCGAGCGGCAGUGACAAUGUGCGCAACGCCUUGGCAGCCAUUGACGCCUACAAGAAAAUCACAGAGACAAUCAACGCUGCCGAGAAGACGGCCAAAGAGGCUAAAGAGGCAGCAGCCAAGAACUUUGAGGAUGUCAAGAAGAUGGGUCUGGUCCAGCAGGGCAAGACCCUGAAGGGAAAACUGGACAAGCUUUUGCAGAAUGCCUCUUCCGCAGACACACGUCUCAAAUCUGCUGUCUCUGAACUUGCUACGAUGAAGAAACGUCUGGAAGGUGCAAACAAUAAAAAACAAUCACUGGAGACAGACCUUCAAAAAGCUCAAGAUGAAUUGAAAGGCAUCCAGAGAGACAAUAUUGCCAGCAUGAUUGAUGAGGCCAAGAAAGCAGCGGCAUCUGCCAAUGACACUGCCACCAGUGCCAUGGAUAGGCUGGAUGACAUUAAAAAAGAGGUGGGGAAGAUCAACGUCACCCCUGGACAAUCCAACCUGGACAGUGUGCUCAAUGAGGUGGACAAAUCAGUGAAGAAUCUGAGCAGCACCAUCCCAUCUCUGCUGGAUAGGAUUAAUCAGAUCGAGGAGCUCAGUUCGCAGGCUGGCCCCAUUGCCAACGUGUCGGAGAACAUCAAGAGGAUCAAAGAACUCAUCGAACAGGCCAGAGACGCUGCCAACAGGGUUGUCGUCCCCAUGAAGUUCAGCGGAGACAGCCACGUCGAGCUGCGCCCCCCAAGGAACACGGAUGACCUGAGGGCGUACACGACCCUCUCCCUGCUCCUGCAGAGGCCUGAGGGGAGAGGCGAUGGCUCGCGCAGGCGAAGGCUGACCAGCGUGGACGUCGGGGAUCUGUUCGUGCUCUACCUUGGGAACAAGGAUGUAUCCAGUGACUACAUUGGUAUGGCUUUGAGGAGUAAUGUCCUGUACACAGUCUACAAACUGAAUGGGGUGGAAUAUGAGAUCAAGUCAGAUGUGAUCACCGAAUCAGAAACUGAGCCUGCCUUUUUCGACAAGGUGGAUUUCCACAGAAUUUACCAGGAUGCUGAAGUCAUCUUAACUAAGUUAUUUACCACCAAUGACCCGCUUGACGCCCAGUCAGUCAAAACACAAGGAGAGGAGACCAAAAACCUCCUGGACAUCGAUCCCAAUGAUGUAGUCUUCUAUGUGGGGGGUUACCCUGACUCCUUCACUCCGCCAAAGUCACUUAAUUACCCUAAAUACAAGGGCUGCAUAGAGCUCUCAUCUUUCAAUGAGAGAUUCAUUAGCCUCUACAACUUCCAGAAGGCAGUGAACAUUAAGGAAACACCCUGUAAAAGGUAUGUGCCGUCCUUGGUGUCUGACUACUUUGAGGGCACUGGUUAUGCAAAGGUGGACCUCGAGCGGUACCAAAGCUCCAGUCGCAUCAUCAUGCUCCAGCAUGUCACCACGCGUUCUGAGAAUGGCGUGCUGUUGUAUGUUGGCGAUGAGAACUCUUACUACAGCAUUAGUUUGGAAAAGGGUCACUUUGUGCUGCAUGGUCGAGUGAACGGUAAAGACCUAACGCCAGAGAAGAGUACGAUAAAAGUCACUCCCUUGGCAAAGGAGUUUCUUGUUGUGCUCAGCAAAUCAGACAGUAGCAUCAAGGUCAUCUAUGACCGUGCCCCAGUGCUGGAUGCAAACUACGUUCCUGGAGACUUCAAGGAGUACUACAUUGGAGGUGUGCCUCAAGGACUCAGGGAAAAAUUCAAUGUUCAAAUCCCGCCCCUGAAGGGCUGUGUGAAGACGGUGAAAGUCAACAGUGUAAACUCACCUUUCACGGAGAAAGUGGGUGUCGGCAAGGGCUGCAAACAAGACUUCCUGGCGUCUCGUAAGGCUGAGCUCAGCUCAGGAAGCUCUCUGGAAGCAGCACUCGAUACCUUCAGCCUGGCUGGCGACGUCAUGGUGUCCCUGGGCUUCCGAAGCACAGAGGCUGAUGGCCUCCUGCUAACAAAGAGCGAGCAGGGAACAGGACUAGAACUCUCCAUGGUCAAUGGUCAUGUUGUGCUGAAGUUUGCUGGCACUACCUUCAAGUCCAAGGCGCAGUACCAGGAUGGAGAAUGGCAUUAUGUGACCGCUAGGAAGCAGGGCACAAGCAUCGAGUUGCGAAUCGAUGAGAAUGAUACUGGGGAGAAACAACCAGGCACGUCAAGCCUCAGCAGCAACUCAGAAAAUGUCUUCCUGGGGAAGACCACCUUCAAGGGCUGCCUCUCCAACCUCUACACAAGAAGGCCAGAUCGUCUGUACCGCCCAGAGGACUUCAGCACAUUCUCCAGCACAGGGGAUGUGAUGCUGGAUGUGUGCCACGCUGAGAGACAACCAGAAAAAAUGCUGGCCAGUCGCAACUACAGCAACUCAAGACAGGACUACAAUAAGGAGACUGAUGUCUCUGGCUGCUCCUCACCAACACAAGUGAAGCAGGCGUAUUACUUAGGGGGUGUUGCCAGUGGCCUUACAUACAAAGUCUCCCAACAGGACCUCCAAAACAAACCCCAUUUCUCUGUCGAUGUGAGAACCACGUCAGCGGAGGGCUUGUUGUUCUAUGUCGGUUCUAAGGAGGAUAAUGGUCAUCUAGCCCUGUACAUGUCCAAGGGAAGAAUCCGCCUCUCUGUCCGUCGCAGAAGGGAAAUCUUCAACAGAGAGAGGUACAAUGACGGAAAGUGGCACACCGUGAUCUUUAGCUUGGAGAAGAGGAGGUUCCGUUUGCUGGUGGAUGGGAUCAGGGCUCAGGAUGGAGUGCUCAACCAUGAGGAGAUCUCAGAUAUAAAACUCGUCUCCCCACUCUACUUGGGCCGCACCCCAGCAUCUUUACAUCAAGAACUAGAGUGGAAGAAUCUCCCCAAGCAAAGCGUGGUUGGCUGUGUUCGCAAUUUUAAGAUGAAUGGUUUGGCAGCAGGAGAGCCAACCACCAAUCAUGGCGCAGGCCCCUGCUUUGACGGACAGACAGAAAAUGGGGGUUAUUUCUCAGGGAAUGGGGGAUAUGUUAUCAUUGAUGAAUCCUUCGUUGUGGGCCCGAGCUUUGAGUUGGUAUUUGAGGUUCGGCCCAGAAACCUAACAGGGGUCCUCCUCCAUGUUGGCAACCAUCACCACCUCACUCUCUACAUGAGAGCAGGGGAGAUGGUGGCACAGGUGGAUAAUGGAGCAGGGAUAUUCAGUGUUUCUGUGCGGCCGAAGCAGUCGCUCUGUGAUGGGGCAUUUCACCGAGUGGCAGUGAUUAAGCGGAAAAACGUUGUGGAGAUGCACGUAGACACAGAUGGAAACUAUACAAUUGGCUCGGCAUCCUCCACAGACACCAUGACCAAAGACCCUCUUUAUGUGGGCGGCAUUCCAGGCACUUUCAAGGGUGUAGCAUUACCCAUCAGGACGUCCUUCACAGGCUGUAUCCAGAACAUGCAGAUUAAUGAGGAGCUGGUGGCCUUUGAGAGGCUAACCAAAGUCUUUGGCUCAGUGAACCUGCGAGAAUGUCCUGCAGGCUGAGACUGAUGGUUGUACAGCUCCCGUCCCCCGUGACCUCGCCAUAUGAGUUCCAGCUGAGACUAUUAAGAGUGCAUGAGUCUGAAGGAGGGAGGAACUCAAGCGUGCACUCACCCUCUGUGCCUCAGUUGAAAAGACACUGGCUCUAGUGGACAUGUGGAGAAUAGCAGGCUUCAUGUGCAAAUGUUUUGUAUUUAUUUUGUGAUAAACUCACAUAUUUUUGCUUACUGUAAAUUUCAAAAAUUGUAAAUUUGUAAUGUUUAAUGUUCAUGAAUGUUACAAUUGUGGCCCUUCAAUGUUCUUGCAAGUAAUGAAAUACAGAGCUGAUUUUAUUUCACGUUGAAUUAUUAUGCUAAAAUAACAAUUUUCACAACAUCAAAUCUGUAUUUAAUUGAUCUUCUACCAUAUAAGCCAUGAGAGUCAUGCCUCUCAAAUCCUUCUAGUCUAGUCUGCAUUUACAAAAAAAAGUUUUUCUGCUACAACUCCUAGAAAAAUCCUGAAGAGUAAAAAACAAAUAGACUACAGUUUUGAUAAGGACUUGAGUUUUACACAUGAGAGCACUAUCCUCAGUCACUAUCCUCAAUAUAUUCUGUCUGUUGAUAAUGAGCCAUGAGAUUAAUAAGAUAAAUUAGUUUUGGCCUAAGAAUUUGAUGACAGAGAGCACUAUUGGGCAGAGGCUGUGAAAUACCUGCUCUGAGAAAUACCUGUGAACUGGGAUUGACAUCACGUCUGGAAAGUAAUGUGAAGGACAUGAGACCCUUGUGACUGGAUGUCAAGGGACUACUCAGAGAGCAGAUGACUGUGGGACAGAUCUGUGUCAGAGAUCCAUUCAGUAUCGGCCGCCAUCAGGACUGGGUUCUGGAACCCACUUCACAAAAAACUUUAACUUUUUCUUUGUCUUGAAGACUACACUUCAGCUAGCCCUGUAUCCCAAUAUGCAUGCCAUGAGUGAUAUAACUGUUAUGGGUAUGACAUGGUCUACACACACAAGCGAAUUUUCUCCCUGACUUCUCCUUGUUUGUCAUUGUGCAUGUUGCCUACAAUACACAGAUUAAACGUGCUUACUUGAGUAGAAAUAAGUAUAGGAAUCUGGUGCUUCAUGUGAAUAGUUCUGUGGAAGUUUUAGUAGAGCUGUGCACACUGUAAGAUAGCAACAGGACUUCUCCCUGGUGGGAGUGCGAACCGAAUGUCUCGAAGUGGACACAUUGAAGAAAAGAAGACCUCUGGAAUUGAGGCUGAGGCUUUGGGUGUCUAGUUUCAUUAUUGACUAUUUUCCCCACUAGAGUGCACUGAGCAGCUUUGCAAAUCAAACUUAUGUCUACAUUUGUGUGGCAGAGACGAUUUAUAUAACCAAAUGUAUCAAAUAAAUCUGAUAAUUUUGUAUGUAUUUUAACAAGUUUAGGCUUAGCAUAGUCUAAACUUAAAACAUACAUUGCAACCACACUGUCAUACGAAUAAACCUACCCAUUUUACAUUUUAUUAAACGUAGGCUAAUUUGUUAUAUA